UGCACCUACCGAACAGCAGGAUCCUUUUCCGUUUCCAACAUGGCGGAAUACGACCUGACUACACGAAUUGCCCACUUUUUGGACAGACAUCUCGUCUUUCCUUUGUUGGAAUUCCUGUCUGUUAAAGAGAUCUACAAUGAGACCGAGCUUCUUCACGGAAAGCUUGAUCUCCUCAGCGACACCAACAUGGUGGACUUCGCCAUGGACGUGUAUAAGAGUUUGUAUCUUGAUAAAGACAUCCCGAACUCGCUGAGAGAGAAGAGGAGUGCCGUGGUGGCCCAGCUUAAGCAGCUGCAGUCCGAGACGGAGCCAAUUGUUAAAAUGUUUGAGGAUCCGGAGACCACCAGACAAAUGCAGUCGACAAGGGACGGGCGUAUGCUGUUUGACUAUCUGGCCGAGAAGCACGGUUUCCGCCAGGAGUAUUUGGACACUCUUUACCGAUAUGCAAAGUUCCAGUAUGAGUGUGGAAAUUACUCAGGUGCUGCGGAGUAUCUGUACUUCUUCAGGGUCCUGGUUCCUGCAACUGAUAGAAACGCGCUGAACUCCCUGUGGGGAAAGCUGGCCUCUGAGAUCCUGAUGCAGAACUGGGAGGCUGCUAUGGAGGACCUCACCCGCCUGAGAGAGACUAUCGAUAACAACACGGUGAGCUCUCCUCUCCAGUCUCUUCAGCAGAGGACAUGGCUGAUCCACUGGUCUCUCUUUGUGUUCUUCAACCACCCCAAAGGCCGAGACAACAUCAUUGAGCUUUUCCUCUACCAGCCACAGUAUCUGAAUGCCAUUCAGACCAUGUGCCCACACAUUCUGCGCUACCUGACCACAGCUGUCAUCACUAACAAGGAUGUUCGCAAGCGUAGGCAGGUCUUGAAGGAUCUGGUUAAAGUUAUCCAGCAGGAGUCGUACACCUACAAGGACCCCAUCACGGAGUUCGUGGAAUGCCUGUAUGUGAACUUCGAUUUCGACGGCGCUCAGAAGAAACUCAGGGAGUGCGAGUCGGUGCUGGUGAAUGAUUUCUUCUUGGUGGCGUGCCUUGAGGACUUCAUUGAAAAUGCUCGCUUGUUCAUCUUUGAGACCUUCUGCAGAAUUCACCAGUGCAUCAGCAUCAGCAUGCUGGCAGACAAGCUGAACAUGACUCCCGAGGAGGCAGAACGAUGGAUUGUUAACCUCAUUCGUAAUGCUAGGCUGGAUGCUAAAAUCGACUCCAAACUGGGUCACGUGGUGAUGGGCAACAACGCCGUGUCGCCGUACCAGCAAGUGAUCGAGAAGACCAAGAGCUUGUCGUUCCGCAGCCAGAUGCUGGCCAUGAAUAUCGAGAAGAAGCUGAGCCACAGCAACAGGAAUGAGACUCCAAACUGGGCCGGUCAGGACUCAGGCUUCUAUUGAGCAGUACUGCGAACGAAUCAUGUGCAGCCGUUUUUAACUUCCUGUUACUCUCCAGCAUUCCCAUUAUGCUCCUGAACACGUUGUUUUCUUUCUCGUUGCACCUCAAAGUCAGGAAACCUUUAUUUAACCCCAAUUCAAUGCAUAUGGUGUUCAAUAAAAAAAAAUACAAAAACCCA